AUGUCAACUGCGCAAUCGGCACAAUCGACGACUCUCAGCAUCGACGUGACCACGAUGAUGAUCAAGGGUGUUCCAAAGCGCAUGACGCGGAACGACCUCAUGCAGGAGUUGAACAUCUCCGGCUUCCAGCAGCUGUAUGACUUUUGCUACCUGCCACAAGACGUCGACAGCCAGCAACACAAGGGCUACGGCUUUGUGAAUUUCGUGCACACUUGGACCGCUCAAUUAUUUCGGAGUGCGUGGGCCAAGCGCAUGCUCACCACCUCCUCUGGGCGCUCAAAGCCAGUUGACAUCGUCCAAUCCUCGGUGCAGGGCCUGCGUGCGAACAUGAACAAAUGGUGUGGACCUCGCACGCACAGCAUUCGCGACCCGGCCCAGAAGCCAUUCCUUUCUCCACUGAGCCCGACCGCUGACACGAAGCAGGUGUUGCAAGCACAGCGUGCGGUUGCGGAAGGCUAG